UCGAGGGAGAGAGUUACGUUCGCCGCUCGGCUAAAACAUCGCGAGUGAGUUCGUUGUUACUAAGAACUCUAUAUUCGUUCGAGUGUGUGGAUUUCUGAACUAAUCUGUUUAUGUGAAAAUGUGGUUUCAGUCAGUGUUUCAAAUGAACGGAUGCGUUAUGAUUAUAUGUAAACAUCAAUGAAAUGGUAAUUUCAGAACUAUAUUAUUUUGACGAGAGUAACAUUUAAUGGAUCGUUUUAAACGGGUAACGAACGGAAGCGAUGAAUGAGGUUUCAGCGAAAUAUUAUUUACAUUUGCCGCGAAAUUGUAUAUUAAUGUACUGAACUUACAAUAUGCGAAGCAGAGCCGGAUCCGCGCCGUAGCGAGCUCGUACUGAAUGACGUCAUUAAACAGAUAGCGAAGAAAUCUGCGUAUGGCCGAAAGAUACAAAAGUGGUCCAAAUAAAGCGUCACAGCACGCUUCUUGGACUGUACAAAAUGUAUGGAAGAAUGCUAAAAAUAAACUUAAGUAUUUUUACGUAGAGAAGAAUGAUGAAAAUGAUCUUAGGUCAGAUUCGAGUAAGACAAUCAAUGAUCAGGUAGCGAAUGAAGAUAAUGAAGACUUCAAUGAUGAUGAAGUCAGACGUAAUGUGUGGAGUGAUGUUGAUGAUGAACUUUACAUAACAGAAGUGAUAAAGCAAAGGACUCCAGAUGUAGUGAAACGUGUCAAACGAAAUAGUUUGAGUGUUAGUGAAUACAGUGAGGUUGUGAAUAGUGUUAAGUUAGAUAAAUUCGACAUGUGGGACUUGGAACCCACGGACUUGACGGAGUGUGAUUGUCUUGGACCACCUCCUGAGUUUCUUCUACCACCACCACCGAGACCGCCGUUUCUCCAGUCUGAAUACUAUUGUGGGGAUGAUCCAAUACCAGACUUGGAAACCUGCGAUAUGGUACCAAAGAUAGAUGCAUACAACCACAGUGGACCCUCUCUGCAGACGUCAGCAGUGAUAGCUCUCUGCUCCAUAGUGCUGGUCAUCGGGAUAUUCAUAGGAGCCAUACUUGUUUGGAAAAAUAAAAGAAAAGUGACAAAUCUACUGCCAUCAAAAUCCACAGCACCUAGUCAGAGUUCCGGAUCACAGAGGAGGGCUCCACCCCCUGCACCACUAUACGAAGAUCUGCAAGACCUACCAAGGAGACCACCUUUGCCGCAGAGGCCAGAUAUGGAACCUCAACUAGAGAUGGUUGAAACGAAACGACCAAACGGUCAGGGUCGCACUGUGUUUGUCUGCGGCGGGAACGGAUCAUGGCGCGGCAAUAACCCAUGCGGGAAUGCUUGCAAUGCUCCCGUCUACGAAGAACUUCCUCACAGAUCAGAUGACUCAGUCCACAGCGAUGACCACUUCGCUGAAGAUGAGCUCAGUCUCGUUGGCGACGUUCCUUGUCGGACUUGUUCCAGGCCGCCACAAUCUCUUCCACAUCGACCUCGGCAGCAACGCUUAGAUCGACGACCAAAAUCCCUAGACAGGAGACGACAUAGAAUGCCGCGACAUGUCCAUCCACCUGAUCCUUCCGAAUUUCACGAAGGAGUUCUAUUGGAUGCUUUGUUAAGGCUGUAUCCUCAAGUGGGCACGAUCGGUGCGAGACCACCGGGGCCAAUGCCUAUAAAUGCAGGUGGAGCUUGGCCUGGUGGGGAGCUUCCUGGAAUCGCCUGUUGGAGGGGUCCACGAGCAUCUCCCAAGCCUCCCAGUGGAGAUUCAUCGUUUGGUUCCGACUCAGGUUACAGCAAUAAUACAUGUGGCACUUGUGGCACAAGAGCUUCAUCCAGACACAGGUUGUCAGCUGAAAUUCAAUUAUCAUAAAUUAGUGAUAUUGGACUUAAGUUUAGGUGAAUAGUUGUGAGACAUUUACCGUGCUGCCAUACUGAGAUUAUAGUGGUUGAAAUAUGAAAGCUACAACUCCCAAAUAAGAUAAUAGAUUGUAAGGGUAAUGAUCGUUCUAUCCUUUCUUAAUUCACGAAAAUUACUAAACUCAGGAGCCAAAUUUACCAAAAUCGAAAUACGAAGUUUCGGUUGACGGAUCGUACAUUUUCCUAUAAUGAAAAUGUUUCGGAUCCGAAGGUCGAUACUAAGUACGCUAUCAGACAUUUUGUCUUUCGAUUACCUUAAUCCCAAAUUCACCUGACAUUUACUUUCUCGUUGUUUGACAUUAUUAUGAUCGUCACUACAACUUUACUUUGGUUGUCUAUGGUUCCGAAACGAAAUUCGGACCCGAAGUACUUUGGUAAUAGGAUUAAAUUCGAAGUUCGUCGUUAUUUCGUUUUGGACCGAAACUUCGGCUUUCGAUUUUGGUAAUAGACCUCCAGAUGCCUGAGGGUUGACAUUAAUAGUAUUUGAACGAACGUGAAUAUGCUUUUGUAUAAAGCGGAAUUAGUUAGACUACUUUUUUAUUAGUAUGAUAACGGAAAGGAAAAAUAAGACUUAAAUUUGAGUUUGAUUUUUACUAAAAUCGUAUUAAGAUGUAAUUCAAGAAUCUACGGGUGAUCAGACAUGUCAAAUUUAGAAACCUUUCAUUAAUCGCUCUUUCUAUCACAAUACAACUGCAACAAAUUGUUUUAAAUAUUAAAAGUAAGGAUUUUAUUGAAACUGUAGUAGUGUAAAGUCUCAAUUUGGCAGUACGAUAAGCAUUUAGUAGUUUUAUUUUCUCGUGGCCUAUUUCUGGUUAACGGCCUCAUGCCUUCUCUAAUGGUUAUAAUGACUAAUAGUAAGUAAUUUAUAAAAUGUAAAAUACAUAACAUAAUUUAUUUGUAUUUGACUUCAAUCUUUUAUGUAAAUUGGUUUCAGAAUUAGAUAUUUUUGUACUAUAUAAUGUGACCAUGCGUAGAUUAGUAUUUCGUCCUUGUAAAUUAUUUCGAACUAGUCCCAAAUAAUUGAAUCUUUGUAAAAAUCGGGUGAGUAAUUCUGUAGAUAUUGUAAAAAGUAGAUCUAAGAUAUUGUAGAAAUUUGAAUUUUGUAAUCAUAUCACGAAUGUUUUAAUUUUGCGUUACGGUAUUUGAUUAUGUAGAAAUUCUCACUGGUGCUAAAAGCAUAUAUACCUAUUUCUGCCGUUCCGAAAGUUACUAUAGGCCUAAAAGACAAUUUUCUAUUUAUGCAUGCACUUUGUAAAAUAUUAGCUUAAUCGUUUUUAUUUAUGAUCUUACGCAAAUCUUUACAUUUAGCAGUUUCACGGCCGCUACGAAUAUUAUUUACAUCUAAAAGAUUUACUGUGGAUUUACCGGCAAAUAAUUUUAAGUUGUCUCAACGGUCAAAUGACCGAUAUUAUGCUGAAUUUAAUAUCGUUUUAUUUAAAACCGUUUUAUCUGUCGUUAUUAUGUUUCCCUUUUUGACUAUCAGUUAUAUUCAGGAGUAAUUUUGUAUUAUAAUCAAUUAUUUUAAAAUCUGGUGAAAUAUUAUGGUGGGAGAUAUAAAUGUGUAGAUAUUUUCAGUGUUUUUGGUACAGUUAUUCAAGCGUUUGACUGCAAUAAUUAUGUUACACAAAUAAAUUUGGAACUAAAUUCGUGUUCCGUGCGAGCGCUUUUCCAACUGAACCAACCGUUCAAGUGACGUAUCGUUGAUAAAUCUUAUGAGUCUUGUUCAACUCUCAGGUUGUGGCUUCAUCUACAAUAUCUAGUUUACAGUUGAUAACACCAAUAAUUGUAUAUUAGGAAAUUGACUUGAGAUGUCGUUCUUUCAAAUCUAAACAGUUUUCUAUUUUAUCAAAGUGAUAAGCCAUACUUCUGAAAUGAAAUUUGAAAACAAAAUUUAUGAACGAUGCGGGAAUAAUUAUGUUACAAUAUUGGGCAUAUAAUUAAAAGAAAAAAAAAUUAUGUUAUUUUAUAGUAUUAUUUGUACGAGUCAUUGCUUUAUGAUUUAAAGAGUAUUAACUGUCCUACAAGGCAGAGUAGCAAUUUUGUAAUUCAUCUUUUUUUAUAACGUUACUAAAAUGGUUGCUUUUAAUAAAGUCAGUAAAAUAACGAGAGUUAAAUCUAAGGUAUGGAUUGUCAUUGAUCAAUUUCACAGUAAUUGUGAAAUUUAAGUACCCGUUGAGGAUAGUAAAAAUAGACAAGACUUCAAAAAACGAUGGAUUAAUAUCUAAAGGGCAUUCAUACUUUCAUUUAUAACAUAAUAUUGAUGAAUAAGAAAAAAGACGAACUUAAAAACAAACCUAAACAUUUAUAAAACACUAGCUGACCCGACAGACGUUGUUCUGUAUAUAAUAAAUAAAAUAAUGUUUUUAUAUGAAUUUGUCAAUAAUAUAUCAAAAUAUGAAAAAUUAUUUCGUAAAAUAUGCACCCUGCUGUCGUAAUGGAAUUGUUUCACAGCAGAACUGUCAAACCGUGCGUCAAUAAAUUCUCUCAUAGAAAUUAUGUAUGGACACAUCAAAGGAAAAACAAAUUUGUUGUUUUUAUUUAAUUUAGCAGCAUUUUCAUAUUUAUUCACCUUUUACACCUAGACUUCCACAUAAUUAAAGACUAAAAUUAUCCAAAUCGGUCCAGCCGUUCUCGUGUUUUAGCGAGACUAACGAACAGCAAUUCAUUUUUAUAUAUGUAGAUAAAGCCCAAAGAAUACACUUUGCAGCGCAUUUCAUACAUAGUUCACAUUUCAUACAAAAGAUGACGGUUAUAGAUAAAUUGAAUAAAUAAUGCUUUCGUUUCUGAUUUAAAUUUUUUGAAGGUAUGAAUUGUCUUAUAAUGAUUUUAAUCUUCCAUAUUUAUUCGAAUAAAACAAAUCUUAUAACUAUAUUUACAAUACUAGGCCUACAUAAAAUUAAAACUAUCAUUACGAGGAAGCGUACCAAGAAUACUGGCAGCAUUACCCCGUUGGAUGUAAUGGAUAAUGUAUUUAUAUGAUUUUAAUAUAUGUAAAAAUAUUGCGCAGAACAUCAUAUUAAGAAUAAAAGAUAGAAAUCGUGAUUUAUUUGUAGUAAUAAUAAAAUAUUUUAUUGCACAGUUUGUACUUACAAUAGGCUUGAUUUUAUUUAUAUUUAAGAUACAUUUAUUACUGUGAACACAUUAUUCUUGUUUUUUUGUUAAUUAUAAAUUAUGGGAUAUUUAUUUUAUUAUGUUUCAUAUUGUAUAGAUGGAAAUUUCACUAUUGUAAUUAAAAUUUCUGGGCGUCAAUUGUCCUAUUUAUGACUAUGAGAAGCACAAUAAAUGAAAAUAAAUACAUUUUUAAUGAAA